CGGUGAGGUCAGGAUUUAUUCUAUAUUGAUUUCAAUAAUAAUGUGGAAAAUAUUGACAUUGGGGAGUAAUGAUAGUGUUUAAUUGGAAUUGUAUGUAUUUUUGUGUCACAAAUAACAUUGUUUUUAUGUUUUUUAUGUAUCGUGAACGUGUGGUCAGGAACAAGGUUUGUUGUGGUGUACAAAUCCAAACAUCUCGACUUGGCUGCCUUUUAACCCAACCUUCAACAGUAUGUCUUAAAUCAUCAGUAAAAAAAACCACACUAUUCACAUCAUAAACUGACUAAAGACUGAAAAACCGUCCACGUCUCACGUGGCCUAAUUAAAAAAUCCAAGUAUUUUUCAUGAAAUUAGAGAGAAAGAAAAAAAAAUGGUAUGCCCCUCCUCUCACAUCAGUAAACUUCUCUUAUCAAUUUUCAUCGGCGUCUUAAUCUUUUACCUCUUCAUGGAUUUGAAUUUAUAUUUACGCAUCCAAAACUACCCUAUUGAACGUGGGGACUUCACCGACAAUACAACUCUCAAAUACAGUGAUGUCACUUGGAUCACAUGUAACAUCAAUCCUUUAUGCGACGUUACUGUAAAAGCCGUACUGUUAGACCACACAAAUUACUAUUUGUUUGCCCCCUUGGUCACCAUCAUCGACAACAUCCUCGAAAUCUCCCACAUCAAAUACAUCACACCAAAUUCGAUAAGUGUCUUCCACGUUUUCGUGGCAAUUAUCAGCGCCAAGUGUAUAUCAAGUGAUAGUUUAGCGUAUCGUCGUCUUGGGGUGUUGUUGUUUGAAGUGAGGACAUUUCUUGAUGAUCUUGACGGUCACGUGGCCCGUGUUAGAAAAAAUGUGAAAGGUGAAAGAUCAGAAAUUGGCUCGACGGGUUAUUAUGUUGAUGGUAUCUGCGAUGCCUUUGGUUGUACAGCACUCUUGAUUGGUGCAUUUGUUUUUUUGAAAAAUAAUCCACCACGACGUGGUUAUAUACAAUUGCCAACGUCGUCAAGUGAUACCAAAGAUGCGAUUAUCUAUAAAAGUAAAAUCACCUCGAAUAAAGUGUCAAAAAAGUUGUUUUGUUUUGCUGCACAAUUGAUUUUGAGUUCGAUGGCAUGGAAUCGAUAUAUAGCAUUGUAUCAGGAUAUGUUAGAAAGGAAUGAUGUGUCAAUUGAGGAGUUUGUAAGACAGAAUGAGGUGUUUCAAAGUUCGUUUUUCUUUGGUGUCACAUGGCUGUGGAGAGUUGUUAAUGUGCACAAUAUGCUACAUUGUUUACUUUUAGGGAUUUUUUGUGAUAAAUUGUGGGAGUUUUUAAGGAGUGUACAAUAUAUCGGAUUUGUUGUUUUAUUAUUUGUUAUUGGUAUCACGGAGGUGAACGUUACGGAAGUUAAAAAGUUUGUCGUGAAAAAAACAUUCACUAACAGUACGAAUUUGUAACAGUAUUCGUUGUUAUUAUUAUGUAUUUAAAAAAUAACACAAAAGGCUAAAUUAGUAAGUAGAACCCUUUUCUCCAACCUAGACGAGUCACACAUGUCAGUGAGUUUACAAUGUUGCUAUAGAAACGCACUGAAUGUUGUGUGUAACUAUGACAACAAAUAUACUUGUCGUUAUCGUUUCCAUAGUAACAAUAGAAAAACCAGUGGCGUGUAUUUUUUUUUAAUAAAAUUUGUCAAAUUGAAAAUGAAAGAAUCAAGUUCUAACAUACAAAAAAAUAAUUAUUUUCAUGUGUGUUAUUUUUUAAAUAAUAUCACAAUUUGAUUUUGCUUGAAACUGAUACACUUUGUACUUAAAAUGUGUUCUAAUGAUAAUUGCAGCUAAACAUCAAGUCAACUUAUUUUAAUCUAGUGUCAGUGUAACUGUCAAAAACUUGUAUUAUUUUUGAAUAAUUUAAUAAUAAAAAAGCACAAUUAUUCCACUCUUUUGAGCGGAUGUGGUUUUAAGCGGUGACAAAAAUUAAUCAAAUUUAAAACUUUCCGCCGUUUUGCGGUUUUCCUCUUCCAAAUAUCUAAUUUUAAAACGAUAUAACUUGUGAUAUAUUUGCUUAGAUCGUCUUAAAGACUGUGAUCCGACCACAUCCAUGAAAAAACGAGUCAAAGUGACAGUUUUGGCUUACUGUGACUCGUUUAUUAUCUAGGCUUAAAAGUGAAUCUUGUAGUUAAAUAAUCAAGGCUUAAUUUUUGUGUCAUUGUUGGCAAACUCAGGGCGAGAUUUUUUCAUAUUAAUCAAUUAUAAUCCGUAAGAUAUAAAAAAAAAAACGAAAUUUGUAUUAGAUUGUAGUAUUUUAUUCGUUUUAAAGCAAUAAUCACAUCAUAUGCACUGAACAUGCUAGUCUUUUGUUUUGUUUCUUGUAAGGUGCACUUCCGGCAAUCAUGAUAUUAAUUUUGGCUCUUGCCAGUAUUUUUUUUGUAUUGUAGUAUAUUUUUGUUACGUGUACAUUGGAAUGGUGUUUAAGCUUAAAUAAAUAAGUUGCUUUAUUAAAAAAAAAAAAA